AUGUUGCUAUAUCUAAACCACGCUGGUGUUGUAGAAACGGCGGCUGGCGAAGUCAUUGACCAGUCGGUGAUUCCGGACAACGACAUCGGCCUAUACGUAAACAAACCCAUCUCGGACUCGUUAAAGUUCGACCUGCUGGUCAACCCAUGGAUGCCGCCGCCGACUUACCAGAUGCCAUUCAGUCUGCGCAUGCGCAAGGGCAAGAUUGGACGGGCGUUCCUGCACCACUGGCACCUGCGCAAUGGCAUAACCUUUUCGCACGUGCAAAAUGGCCUGUUCUGUCGCUACUGUGUACUCUUCUCCGACGAAGUAACCAAUCGAGGAUCUGUUCGCAAGUUUAUACAACUGGUCACUGUACCGCUUCGGCAGUACCGAAAGCUUACGGGCGCAGAUGGCCAUAUAACGAAUCAUAUCAACACCAAGUGUCAUAAGCGUUGUGCGGAGGUGGCGUUAAUAUUUGAAGCAAAAAUGAAAGACAAGCUGAACGCUUGCAAAAGGCAGGAAUGCCCGUCAGAGGACGAUGCUGAAGACCAGUGGUGCAAGAUGCAGAAGUUGGCAGAAUCAGUGGUAGAUGAAACUUUUGGUGAUCACGAACCAGGUACGUCAAGGGCUGUGACGAUGCUAUCCAGCGAAGCGAACGGCAACGAGUUGGAGGCAGCGUAUGCUUUAAGUAGCCUACUGACGUUUGGUAUGGAAAUGAGCCCGGUGCCAACAAGCGAAACAGCGGUUCUUCCACGUCAAACUCUAGCGGAGACAGCGCCAGAGCAGAUAUAUUCCAAGGAAUUGGAGAUGGAACUGUACUCAAAUUAUGAACAGGUAUUUUCUGCCCUUAAAGAGAGCAGCAAGGGUGAUGGAACGUCGAAAGAACCGAACGCGGGAAGGAAAUCCAUCAAUAACGAAAUACAUGAUAAUGCAGUUCAACUGCACAGAAGCUUGUCAGUGAAACCUAAUCUGCCGUUUCCGUUUUGCGCUGGCGUUUCCAGGGGCCUUCGCAAUGAUGACGCGAAUUCCAGUCUCUGUGAGCACUCGUACAGCGAAUCAAAUGAAAGUUCCAUCGAUAGGAAACGGACUGACACGAUUUGA